AUGUCUGAUCAAGACAUUCAUCAAAAUAAAUACAGUGAAUUGCGAAAUAUCUGUAAACAUCACAUCGAUGCAUACAAUACGUUGUAUCAGCUAAAAACUGAAAAAGAAGAAGAUUUAAACUCAAUUUACAAAAUGAUCAAAACAGAAUUGAUUGAAUCAAUGAAAUUUCUUCCCCAAAAACUAAUGAAAGAUAUUUUAGAUAUCAUUCCGUAUAAUAAUCGCUAUACAAAGUCAUAUUUAUUUCUUGUCAAACUCAUAUCUGAUGAAUAUCAUAUCAAAGAGGUCAAAAACAUUCCAACUAUUUCUAACUUCUUGUUUUACAAAGAAUAUGGAAUUAAAUUAGACAAAUCUGAUGAAUUCGAAGAAAUUAACUCAGAAAAUCUGGAUAUUUAUACAACAAAUACAAUUUACAGAGCAAUUAUGAAUAACGACAAAGAGAGAUUCAUCUUUUUCAUUGAAAGUGAAGGAUUUUAUGAAGAUCAAACACUAAAGAGCAAGUUAUAUCCAUUCACUGGAAAAGAUGGCUAUUCAUUACUUGAAUUAUGCUGUUACCACGGAGCAGUUGAUUGCUUCAAGUUAUUAAGAACGAAAUUUCAUUCAAAAAUAACUUAUCAAUGCCUACUUCUUUCAUUUUUAGGAAGAAAUCCAGAAAUCAUGAAUGAAUGUUUGAAACAUCAAAAGCCAGAAGAAGCAUGCAUGGAAUAUGCAAUUAUUUCACACAACAUUGAUUUUGUUACAUUCUUGAUGAAUGAGUACAAAAUAAAUAUCAAUUUAGAUUAUUGUGAAUGGUAUAAUAAUCUUGAAUCAUUUUUAAUUUGUUUCGAUCAAACUAAUGAUGUUGACAAAUGCUAUAUGAAUUCGACAAUGUUUAAUAUUCCAUCUAUUUGUGAAUAUUUCCUUUUAUAUGGUGCAAAUAUCAAUGAAAAAGAUAAUAAUGGAAACACCACUCUUCAUUACGCAGCACAAAAGAAUAGUAAAGAAAUUUUCGAAUUUCUUAUUUCACAUGGAGCAAAUAUCAAUAAUAAAACUAACAAUGGAAACACUGCUCUUCAUAUUGCAGCAGAUUAUAAGAAUAUAGAAAUUGCCGAACUUAUUAUUUCACAUGGCGCAAAUGUCAAUGAAAAAAAUAAUAAUGCGAAAACCGCUCUUCAUUAUGCAGCACGUAAAAAUAGUAAAGAAACAACCAAACUUCUUAUUUCUUAUGGCGCAAAUAUUAAUGAAAAAGCUAACAAUGGGAAGACUGCUCUUCAUUAUGCAGCAUGUCAUAAUAGUGCAGAAACAGCCGAACUUCUUAUUUCACAUGGUGCAGAUAUCAAUGAAAAAGAUAAUAAUGGUGAUACAGCUUUUCAUAUUGCAGCACAAAAUAAUAGCAAAGAAACUGCCAAAUUUCUGAUUUCACACGGGGCAAAUAUCAAUAUAAAAAAUAAAGAUGGAGAUGCCGCUCUUCAUAUUGCGGCAAUUAGAAACAAUGAAAAAAAUUGUCAUGCUUCUUAUUUCAUAUGA